AUGCCUGUACAAGGCAAGCGCUUGGACGGUCAGCCAUUUGACCUAGUCGAUUUCGGUGAACUCGACGACUUCAUUACCAGAUACAGGGCGAGACUCGAUGAGCAGCGUCAGGUUCCUGGGGACAUUGAUCAGCUGUGGUAUGAUGAUCGAAAAGAGAGAGGCGCCUUGGGGAGGAAGAAGGAAGACGAGUUCUUCUUGCGAAGAUGGCUCUACUUUGAGAAAGACGAGAAGGAAGAUGCGGAAUGGGGACCCAUAAGGCUGCUUGGGAGAGGUGGUUACGGCAUCGUCGGCCUGUGGCAGAAACGAGACGACAACAACCAGCUUGUUGACGAAGUGGUCCUAAAGGAAUCCAGCUACACGAAAGGGAAAACCGCCGUCAGCUCGAUUGAGGUCAAUCCCGUGGCUUAUCCCAGGCACCUGGUAGAAGCCGCCAUCCACAACGACAUUAAUCUUCGACAGCCCGGUGUUUCACCCCACUUGCGCGAAUACAAGUUCUUCUACGACGACCGCGCCUUUGCAGAGGGACGAUAUCGAUUCUACCUGGAGUACUGCCCACACGGGAGUCUUGCUCGCCUUGCCCACCGAUACCGGUGCUGGGAUACCUAUCUUCCUGAGGUUUUCAUCUGGCAUGUCUUCUCCAACCUGGCGAAGGCUGGCGAAGCCCUUCGGAAUCCUCCCCACCUCGACAGCAGGGCCAUCAAAGAGGAAUACCUCUACAAGUUCCGCCAAGACGAGCUAUUCUGCCUCCACCUGGAUUGGAAACCAGCAAAUGUGCUCCUCGGUUAUCCACACGAGGGCGAGGAGUACCCGUCCGCUCUGCUAAACGACUACGGACUGGCAAUGGUUACGGCGAUCUCUGACAGCUUGACGUUUAGACGGUGGAAUCCAUAUGCGUUGUGGUGGCGCGGCACCCCUUACCAUAAACCCACGGAACAAAGCCACUAUGGUGUGAACUGGGAAAUCCCACCUGACGGCGGGUGGGUCAGGACCCGGGAUACCCUCAACCGGGAGCUUGAUUGGCAAAGGGCUGCCACGCAACGUGAAGACGAGAACGAAAAGCUGGGCGGUGAUGUGCUCUUCGAUCACUCAAUGAACAUCUACGGCAUAGGGCAGAUCAUGUUCGAGAUGGUGACACUCCGAAAGAGCGAAAAGCACCUGGAGAAAGUCCGCGCCAAAACCCUCAAGAGAUUUCGGCGGAACGGGAACCACCAGAUCUCGCACGUCUACACCAAGAAACCGGGCGCGUACAGCAGCCGGCUCCGCCAUUUGAUCCACCGCUGCCUCGACCCCGACCCGGCCAACCGGCCCUCGCAGCUCGAACUCAUGGACCAGACGCGCCGGGGCCUUCGGCUGGCCAUCAAGCGCGCCAAACGCGCCGGGGAGUUCCCCGUGAAGGUGUAUCCCGGCCACGACAUCAACAACAUGCCACUCGGGGACGCGGGAUUCCGGCCGACCGCGGGAGACUUCAAGUAUAUGAUCGAGAGCGAGUUUGUCGACCCGGACGCGCCCCGGCUGAAGCUGCCCGCGGCCAAGUACAGCGGCUUUCCCGAAGGCUGGUUCGAGCCCAGCUGGAAGAAGCUGUACGACCAGCAGAACCCGCACGAUCGCUGGUUCAACGGCCUCCAAGGCCACGGGGCCGCCUCGCCACCGGGUUCGUCACAGGUGGGCAAUGACGGCAGCCACGAGAGCGGUAGCCGUAGCGACAGCGACGACGACGAUGAUGACGGCAACAACGGUGGUAACAAUGGCAGCAACAACACCAACAACGACAACAACAACAACAAUAACAAUAACCAGCAGCAGCCUCAAAACCAAGCCGGCCAAUUCGUCCAGCCCAGGUCGCCCCCGAAACAGAAGAGAGUCCGCUUCAUCGUGCAAGACGGAAAUCUAGCCGCGGCUCCGUGA